UUAUUUCUUGAUAAAUAGAUAAUUCAUGAUUUGUUGCCAAUGUUUAACCAUAGCAUGAAUGCUAAACAUUGGAUUCUUGCUGAAGAUAAUGGGCAGUUGAAUAAAAAAAAAAAGGUUAGAAUGAUCAAUUUAUAAUUAAACAGUAUAAAUAAAAUAUAUUAGGUUUACUUUUCUUUUAAAAAACCUUCAUAAAGGAAAAGAACAAGGAAGAAAUUGAAGACAAAUUUUCCGAUGUACCAAUUGACGCUAGUAGUGCAAUGCAUUGUGGAUGAAUUUGGUAGAAUUGUAUUUAAAAUACCAAGAGCAAAAAAAAAAAAGGUAAAAUGUCAAAAAAGGUUAUGCUAACGCUAAAUUUAAAGAUGAAAUAAAUCUUUCAAGUGUGAUAAACAUUUGAACGAUAAAAGGAUAAACAAUGUGUAGUGUAUGAAGAAGCUAAUGUUUCAUAAAACGAUGUGUUUAAUGUAAGCAUAUGCAUCAUAGGUUUCAAAGUUAUUCUAUACCAUCUAGAAAUCUUAUUUAAAAGAAAAGGAUAUCCGGAUGGUAUAUUUGCGUUAGAAAAACAAGCUUUAAACUAAUAUUAACUGUACGUUGGCAACAUAUAAGAGUAUCGCAUUAACGAGCUCUUAAAAGUUAAGUCAACUUGCUGUUUGAAAAAUUCCAUUUGGUCCCAGCUGUCAAGGAAUUGGAAGAAAGAAUCUUAAGAAUUGAAGAUAUCGUAACGUUUAUGUUGAUAUUAUGCUGCUAAAUAAAGAAGAAAAAAUACUUUUCUGUUAGAUAAUCAUACCAAAGAUAGGUUUAAUAUUUUAUUUAUCAUCCAAUAACCUAUAAAUAUUUUCAUUCUCCAACUUAACUAACAACAAAUUGAUUCAAAAUAUUUUCUAACCUAUUUAAUAAUUUUUUUUAUCAACAUAUUAAUAAUAAUUAAUAUCCUAACCUUUUAAUUAAUUACAAAGGCUGGAUGUAAUUAGAAACUGAGAGAGGAUUCGAGAAGAGGAGGUCCGUUAUUUGAAUACUGGCGUGGCUACUUGAUGUCUUCAACCAAUCAUACGCUUUCGACACUAAAAAUACAUUUUAAAUCGUUUAGAGAAGAAAUACAUUGGCUUGAGAAAUGAAAAUUAUGUUAAGACAAGCAUUAAGUUUACAUUUGGAGCAAGAAUCAGCAUCAAGAUCGUUAGUUGCGCUCAAAGAGUUUGAGAGAUCAGUUGGAGUCUUAUUCUUGGAUGAUAAAAUCUUGCCAAAUCAUUUUCUAAGAUGUAUUAAAAGUAUAUUCCUUCAUAAAACAAUCAUCAAAUCGGAGUAUGGAUGAUAAAAGUGAUAAUUUGUGCCCAUUUGAAAUAAAAGAGCCACGAUUAAGAAGUCCUAAGUGUGCUAGAUGUCGUAAUCAUGGAAUAAUAUCAAGUUUAAAGGGCCAUAAGCGAUCGUGUACUUGGAAAGAUUGCCGAUGUCCUUGUUGCUUGCUUGUUGUCGAAAGACAAAGGGUGAUGGCUGCACAGGUGGCUUUGAGAAGACAACAGCAAACACAAAUUAGCAGUUUAAUUGCUAAUGAUUUACAAUUAUCAUCUGAUAUUGAUAAUCGAUCAUUAAAUCUUAAUAAUCGAUCCACUCGUACUAUUUUUUAUCAUAAAAAAUCAAAAGGUUAUCCAAAACAUCAAUUCCGAGUUACCCAAACGAAAAUAAAUGUCACAAAAAAUUUUGAAGGUAUUGAUAACAAUAAUGGACAUCAUUCAAAUACUUUGAUUCAGAAUAAUUAUAACCUCAUUGGUGCAGCUGUCAGUAAUCUUUCAACUGAACAGAAAUUUAAUUUUACUAAUAACCAAAUGGAAAUUGAUAAAUUCUAUCCUGGAUACUCAACUAUUUCAUGGAAUACUAAUUUUAUGGAUACAUCAUGUAAUAAUUCAACUCUAACACAUUUAAUACAAUCAGCAACGAGUUUUAUCAAAGAAUCAUCUUGUAAUUCACCAGAGAAAUCCAAGAAACCUGUCAUUUCAUUCAGUGUUGAUUCAAUCAUUGGAACAUAAAGUAUUUAAAUUAAUUAGUAUUUUAUUACAAAUAACUUUUUUUUUAUAUUUAUUUUAUUUUUCUAAAUUCGCUUUUUUUGUUUAAUACAAAUACUGUACUGAAAUAAUUC